CUAUAAUGAUCGAAUGAAAUUUUAGUUGUGCAAAGAGGUACCUUCCUCUUGACAUUAUGACUCAUGAAGAUAAUGUUGCCUAAGUGAAGGUGCUUUGUUAACUAUGCCUCGCUGACCCUGAAUUGGACAUUCGGUCUAGCUGUUAGAUACAAUCCGAACCAAAAAGGAUGUCCUCCGGGGAGUGGGACCUGCGGGCGCUGAAGGCGCUCGAGGAGGAGGAGCAGCGCGAGUUUCUGGCCCUCAGCCAGCGGAACCUUUUCGAUCCGCUGCCGAAUCCCGUUGCGGAGCCCUCGGCCAGUGCGAAGCCGUCGCUCACCUACGCCCAGCUGCAUCCGCACCUGCUCAAGCUGCCGACGAUCGACGAGUGCCAGCUGAUGGCGGUGAAGCAGCAGCAGCAGCAGCGGUCGGCUGCUGGCCUGCGAUUCAGCCGCGCCCUCUCCCUGUCCGCCCACUCGCUGACCUCGCGCACCGGAAGCGGUACGGCCGGCGGAAGCGGAAACGGCGGUGGUCUCGGCUUCGGGCGGAAGUUGAAGGCCCGCCUGGUCGGCGCCAAAUCGAGUGGCUCCCUGUCGCCCGGACGCCAUUCGCACAGCUACAGUGUGUCACCGGUAUACACGCCGCCGCCGAUGCGACGCUGCGCCACCCUGCAUCACACGCAACCGGUGCGCAAGGCCUUCAAGAAUCUGCAGCAGCUGCAGGAGCGGAAGCGCCAGGCGACCGGAAGUAGUCACCUGCAAAGGAUCUCCGGCACCGGAAAGACGUACUGGAAGUACGGGGCCAAUUCCACGGCUGCCUCCAUAGUGGCACGCCAAAAGACUCAACAGCUCGAGGUCGAGGAAUCGAACGGCUCCGACGAGAUGAACUCGGAGCCGCCGGAAGUGUCCGAGGCGGAAACGGGCUCCUGCAGUGUACCGUUGCCCACAAAGGAUACAAACGAAGUCCUGCGAUUGAUGCUCAGUGCGGCCAGCUCGGCGGUAACCGUAACGCCAACGGCAACGGCGGCCAUUGGGAACGGCUUGGGCAUUGGUAACGGUAACGGUAUUUGUAACGGUAUUGUGACAGCAGCAACUGGUGGUGUCCUGCCAGUGCGACGCUACCAGAAUGCCAGCGAUGUUGAGCAGGACGAAACUGUUGCGUACGAAGCUUUCCAUCAGGCGGCCAAAAGCUUCGAGAGCAGCGCUCUCUUUCAACUCGGCGGCGGCAGCUUAACAGGGCAAGAGAGCGGCGAUAACGGUAAAGCCAGUGACAUCAGUCCGAGUAACAGUCCCGCGAGGGAAACGCAAUCCACAGCGGGCAGAAGGAUGUUCAAGUCGUCCUCGCUGGAUUGGCCCGGGGAAUCGCAACAGCAGCAGCAUCAGCAUCAGCAUCAGCAUCAGCAACAGCAACAGCAUCUUUUAAGCCAGCAGCAACAUCUUGGCCAACAGCAACAUCAGGUUGCAAAUCAGGUGGAAUUGGUCGAACAGCAGGCACAGAAGGACACUCGCUUCCGGCAACGGGAUCACUGGGAACUCGAGCACGUCCACUUCCACCACGAAGGACUCGGUCACCUCACAGCAGGCACAUCCGCUGUCAUCGAUGACGAACUGGAGCAACAUAUCAAGCACUGUUCCUGCUCCUGCAAUCACAUGGGCUACGGCAACUCGAUGGACUAUCAGACGACAGGCUUCGGUGGAUUACCGGACGUCACCGAGCACUCGAACAUCCGCCGCACUCUGUCCCGCCAGAACUCGAUCUCGAACAGCGAUUCCGGCGGCGAGAUAGCCAGCAUCCAGAAGUCGAAGGUGAACUUUGGCAAUCCCCUGGCCGGGGGCGUGGUCGUGGGCGGGGAUAUAGUCGGCCUGGAUGCCAAAUCGCCGACAUCGCUCAAUUCGGCGACGGGAGCCGGUGCAGCGGGGAAGGCAAAGGGCAAGGCGUCGAGAAAGGCGAACGCCGGAGCAGAUGGCGGCCAGAAGGGGAGGAGGGGCUCCUGGCUGGUGGCCCUCACCCUGGUGAGUGCCAUCUGCCUGCUGGCCAUCGCCGCCACCUUGGCCUACCAGCACUUCCUCAUGGCGCCCAGCCGCAAUUCGCACGCCCAAAGACUGAGAAUCGUAAGGCGGAUCCUGCGCGAGGUGCCGCUGGUCGAUGGCCACAACAAUUAUGCCUGGAAUGUGCGCAAGUACGCCCACAGCAGCCUGGAGCUGCAUCUUAGCCACGACGUCGACCACAAGUCGCUGUGGGCGCGGCCAGCGUGGGCGCAGACCGAUAUGGAGCGACUCAAGCAGGGACUGGUCAGCGUCCAAGUGUGGUCGGCAUAUGUGCCGUGCGAGGCGCAGGGCUUGGACGCGGUCCAACUGGCACUGGAGCAGAUCGACAUUGUGCGGCGACUGUCGGACAUGUACGCCCGGGAAACGGUGCUGGCCACAUCCUCGCAGGACAUCGUGGAGGCGCACCGCCGCGGCCUGCUGGCCUCGCUGAUUGGCGUCGAGGGCGGCCACACGAUCGGCUCCUCGCUGGGGGUGCUGCGAUCCUUCUACUCACUGGGCGCCCGCUACCUCAGUUUGACCCAUCGCUGCGACGUCUCGUGGGCGGGAUCGAGUGCCUCGCCGGCGGAACAGGGACUCACGCCCUUCGGCAAGGCCAUCGUCCGCGAAAUGAACCGGCUGGGCAUGAUGAUCGAUCUGUCGCACAGCUCGGAUGCCACCGCCCGCGAUGUGCUGCAGGUGACCCGGGCUCCGGUCAUCUUCUCCCAUUCCGCCGCCCGCCAGCUGUGCAACUCGACGCGCAACGUGCCGGACGACAUCCUGCGCUUGGUGGCCGAGAACGGCGGCCUCAUCAUGCUGAGCUUCGACUCCGAGGACGUCGCUUGUGGUCGGCAGGCCCGCCUCCAGGACGUGAUCGAGCACAUCAAGUAUGUGCGGGCCAUUGCUGGCAUUCAGCACAUUGGACUGGGCGCCGGUUACGAUGGCAUCGAAAUGCCGCCGUUGGGACUGGAGGAUGUGUCCAAGUAUCCGGAACUGCUGGCCGCCCUGCUCGAGGAUCACAACUGGAGCGAGGAGGAUGUGGCCAUGCUGGCGGGCCGGAACUUUCUGCGCAUCAUGGAGACGGUGGAAACGGUGCGCGACUACUGGAAGCGGGCGGCCAUCCAACCGAUCGAACAGACGGAGCCGCAGCCGAAGACGCAGUGCACCUACAUGUCCUCGUGACCCCAGGCACAGGCGCAGUCACAGUCGCAGUCACAGUCACAGUCGCAAUCGCAGGCUGUAAGGCAGCGACGGCAGGAACCACCGCGAACCAAUGUGGA